AUGUUCGGCGCGCCGCCCAUGUUCUACGGUCCCGCGCAGUCAGCGCAGCAGCAGCAGGACCAGCGCGUCGCUGCGUGGCAUGACGGACUACGACGCAAGAUUGGCGAGGCGUCGCACUCGGAGGUAUUCGGCAUCGGCGACGUCGUCCUGAGGGUCAUUCCGCUGCGCGACGAGGAGCAGACCUCUUCCAGGGACGAUGACGGGCUAGAGUCCCCGGCACCGAGUGACGCGAAGGACGUGCUGAAGGAGAUCAUCGUCACUCGCGCGAUGGGUGAGAUAUGCCCCGGGUUCGUGAAGCUCUUGAGGACGUACGUUGUGCGCGGAACGUAUCCUUUGCUGCUACUUGUCCUCUGGGACAACUACAACAAGAGGAAGGGCAAUACCUUCGGCAUGUUGCAGUUCGGUUGGAAGCAGGCGUGUAGCUUGUUCUGGCAGGUCGCGCAAACCUUGGCAGAGACCGAGGGUCUCGUUUGCUUCGAGCACCGUGACCAGGUAGUGCGCGAACGCCGGUGCUACUGGCUACGCGCAGGCGGGCAGCAGCACCAGCAGUCAAUGCAGGGCAUGGCCGUCCCAAUGGACCAGGGACACGGCCAGUACGGAUACCAGCAGUACGUGCCAGAGACCGACGACCCCUUUAACCAGGCAGACGAGAUCGUUCGCGCAGUCGGUCCCGACCGCGGACGCGAUCCCCCAGCAGCGCUUCCAGUUCGCAGAGUACCGCCAUCCGGACUAGCUAGUCGCGCCCGCGCCCGCGCCGUCGUCGUACACCUCGACCGACAGCAUGCUGACAAGCAACAUCAACAGCUUCUCGUCCUCGCCCGUUUCGUGGGGUGUAGACCAGAGCCAAGGCGAGCACAGUGCGACGCAGACUCAGAGCACGACGCGCAAGCAGAGGAGUGCGAUGAAGCCGGCGAGCCAGAAGAUGCGUGA